GUCUGAAACUUGUCCGUCUCUUACUUUGUAAACAGAACUAAUAUUCCAAUCACUUAUCUAUGAUUAAUCACCUAUUGAUUUAUCACAUUCCUAACCCGAUUAAAUAAAUUACCAAAGAAUGAAACUAAAUUAAUCUUACUACUCGCAUUCAAUAAAGUCCAUAGUGAUUGGUGCGUCACGAGUAAAUUUCACAUUCAGAAAUUAAUAAUAGCACGUAACAGCGAACCAGUUCGUUGUUUACGUAGAACGGAAUUUUUGGCAAAUUGGCAAUCAUCUGUCAAGUUUUUUAUAAUCUGUAGCGAACUUAUAGUUGUAAAUAUUUACGAAAACUUAAGUCGGAGCUUUUACUAUAUUAAUAUCCAAAAACCGAAAUAAGUAAUGGAAGAAGUAAAAGAAGAACUUCCGCCGCCGCCAAUAAAGCGUUACAGACGCGAAGAGAACUCAGAGUCAGAGGAAGAUAUUGAUAAUUAUGAACCUUACGUACCAGUUAAAGAGAGGAAGAAACAGCAGUUGAUGAAAUUAGGGAGGAUUGGACAGCUCGCAGCGGAAGCUGCUGCUGAGCCCAAGAGCUCCAGUGACAAUGACCCUGAUGACGAGACUUCUCAAGAGGAAUGGGGCAGACGCUACAACGUCUCUCUGUUGGACCAGCACAGUGAACUGAAGAGGCUAGCGGAGGCCAGAGCACUGUCGGCAGCGGAGAGGCAAGCCAGAGAAGAAGAACAUAUACUUGAAAGUGUGGCACAGAGUAAAGCUCUUAUGGGUGUGGCUGAGUUGGCUAAAGGUAUUCAAUAUGAAGAACCUAUAAAGACAUCCUGGCGCCCCCCUCGCUGCAUCCUACAGCUUCCAGAAGAGAGGCACGAGCGCGUCCGCAGACAGCUUCGGAUCCUGGUCGAGGGUGAGGAUGUCCCCCCUCCCGUCAGGACCUUUCAGCAUAUGAAGUUUCCCAAAGGUAUCCUACGAGGUCUAGAAGCUAAAGGUAUAAAGCAUCCAACACCAAUCCAAGUGCAAGGCAUCCCGGCGGUGCUGAGCGGCCGGGAUAUGAUAGGCAUUGCCUUCACCGGCUCCGGGAAGACCCUGGUCUUCACCCUGCCCAUCAUCAUGAUGUGCCUGGAGCAGGAAAUCAAGAUGCCGUUCAUCAAAAACGAAGGACCGUACGGCCUUAUCAUCUGUCCGUCACGAGAAUUAGCGAAGCAAACACACGACAUCAUCCUACACUUUGUGAAACAACUGAAAAUGGCGGGAAAUCCUGAAAUAAGGAGCUGUUUGGCUAUUGGAGGUGUGGCUGUGUCCGAGUGUAUGGAGGUCGUACAGAGAGGGGUACACAUCAUGGUGGCCACACCAGGACGGCUCAUGGAUAUGUUAGACAAGAAAAUGGUUCGUUUAAACGUCUGCCGUUACCUAUGUAUGGACGAAGCUGAUCGUAUGAUAGACAUGGGUUUCGAAGAAGAUGUCAGAACGAUUUUCUCAUAUUUCGCCGGUCAAAGGCAGACCCUGCUCUUCAGUGCUACCAUGCCCAGGAAGAUACAGAACUUUGCCAGAUCAGCCCUUGUUAAACCGGUGACAGUGAACGUGGGUCGCGCCGGAGCGGCCUCCCUGAACGUUCGCCAGGAGUUGGAGCCGGUGAAGGCGGAAGCCAGGACUGUCCAUCUUCUCCAGUGCCUGCAGAAGACCCCCCCUCCGGUGCUGGUGUUCGCUGAACGGAAACAGGAUGUCGAUGCUAUUCAUGAAUAUCUACUCCUCAAGGGUGUAGAAGCGGUCGCCAUCCACGGCGGGAAGGACCAGGAGGAGAGGUCCAGGGCUGUGGAAGCAUUCAGGAGGGGAGAAAAGGAUGUACUGGUAGCUACAGAUGUAGCCAGCAAAGGUCUUGAUUUCGCGAAUAUCCAACAUGUCAUAAACUACGAUAUGCCGGAAGACAUUGAGAACUAUGUCCAUCGUAUCGGUCGUACGGGCAGGGCGGGCGGCGAGGGCGUGGCCACGACCCUGCUAGGGCGGGCGGCUGACGACAGCGUGCUCAGGGACCUGGCGCAUCUGCUGAGGGAGGCUCGGCAGAAGGUCCCCUCAUUCCUGUUGGACAUGAUCGGGGAGCCGGACGUGCCGGCGGCCGACGGACAGGGCUGCUCCUACUGCGGGGGCUUGGGACACAGGAUCACAGAAUGUCCAAAGCUGGAAGCGGUGCAGAACAAGCAAGCGUCAAACAUCGGCAGAAGAGAUUAUUUGGCGAACACCGCGGCUGACUAUUAGUAUAACACUUGUUUUGUUAAAAGAGGUCCUUAUAGACAACCCCUAGACACCUCACAUCAGCCGACCGAUGUCUAUCAACACAUCACACUUAUAAUCAGGGCCGGAUCUACGGGUCCAGGGGCCUCGAGGCAACAAAGGAGUGGGGGCCCCCUUGGUUCAAGUUAUUUUCAUUCAAUGAAAACUUUAUCGAGCUUUUUUUUAGAUGCCUACUUUGGCCACAGUUAUUAAGAUAGGCACUGUCAGUCUUAGAGUGUCAAUUAAAUAUGGGUUUCUAACGUGAUUUCAUUUUUUUUUAUUUCAUCGGGCGUGGUGGGCCCCUGGUCAUAGUGAGCCCCUAGCCACUGGCCUAAAGUGCCUUAUGGAUAAUAAGGCACUGGUUACAACUCUCAUACAGGUCGCUCUUCACUCGUUACUCAACAAUUUCCAAUAUUUGUGUGAUGAGCACGAUCAUUUGUUUUGUGUCUGGGUGUAAUUUAUCUAUAAUAUUUAU